AUGCCUUGGGACGAUGUUCGCGAAAAGCGGCUGUUGAUCGAGGUGAUUACGAUCACCAAUCCAGCCGUUACUCGCUCUACCUGGGACACCAUUGCAGCGGUCAUGGGAGACGGUUUAACAGGCGAGGCUUGUCGCCAGAAAUUCCAAUCCAUCAAACGCACCGUCAAACCCGCCAACCCCGACGGCACCACCGCCUCCAAACCCGCCAAGGCCACCAAGCCGAAACCCUCAACCUCCUCCGGCACCGCGACCAAAACCCGCAAGCGCAAGGCCAACGUCAACGAAGACGACGACGACGACGAAGGAGCGACCCUCUUCACGCCAAUGGCGCAGAAGAAGAUGAAGUCGGAAAAGAAGGUCGACCGCGAAGCCGAGGUGGACGGCAUCGGCGCCGAAAUUUUCAAAGCUGAAGCAGGGGGGGAGGGCAUUGAUCUGGAGUGUGACGAUCUCUACGACGCCGCUGCUUAA